UUCCUGGAGAGCCGCCGCCGCCGUGAUUCCUUCCGGGUUCCUGUGUCGGUUUGUUUUGUUUGGGUGGAUCACCAGCGGACGAAACUCGGCGUGACACCGGGUCUCAGGUCCGUGUUCCCCCUCCCGACUUUUGACCCGGACAGCUCGGCCGAAGACAGCGUGUCCCCUGCGGGUUCUACUCACCGGGUCGCGUCGGUGAAGUCGAACCGGGGAGACGAGGCGGCGGGGCUACACCUGUUGCUCCCGCGGUUUGGACAGGUGCUGCGGCUCCGGCGGCGGCGGCGGGGAGGACGGGGGGGGAGGUCGACGGGUCGACGGCUCGAGAGGAGACCGACACCUGGAUUAUUCCGCUCGCCCCUGUCUCCGUCAGUCGUCUCACUCCGCAGCCGGCGGGUGGGGGUGUGUGUGGGGGGGGGAUGAAAGUCACCGUGACUUUCGGCGACACCGCGGUGGUGGUGCCGUGCAAGAGCGCCUGGACCGUCCGCGACCUCAUCGACCAGGCGACGCGCAGGUACCGGAGGAUUCUGGAGCAGCAUGGGGACAUUGGCGUGAAGACCCACCACCUGGAGUACGCUGACGGAGGAAUCCUGGACAUGGACGACCUGCUGAGUGAUCUGGUGGACGACAGAGACAAGCUAGUCGCCGUGUUCCAGCUCGGGAAGACGGACAGUCCCAGGGAGAACAUGUCCAACUACUCCAGCGCCGCCCCCAGCCCCGAGCCGUUCCACUACUACCCCCACCUGCAGUACCAGGAGCCGGCCAGCGGAGAGAUCGAAGUCAACGAGGCCGUCCUCAAAGCAAAUACACCUCUGCUGGUGAGGAGCAGCAGCGACUCGGCCGUGGCUCCGCCCCAUGAGAGGAUGGUGACAUCGACGCCCGAGGACCGCGGCAACGGAUCUCCUGAACCGGAAGUCAACCAUGUGCUGAAAGGAGCUUUGGACCGACUGCGCACAGACGACCCGCCUGCCAAGAUGAGCAAGUUUAACUUCAGCACCCUGACGAGGACAGUGGAGAUUGCAGGUGACCAAGGGCCCCUGGGUAUCCAUGUGGUCCCCUACUGCUCGUCUCUCAGUGGACGGACCCUGGGCCUUCAUAUUAAAGGCAUCGAGGCAAACAGUCGCUCCAAGAGGGAGAAGAUCUUCCAAGAGGACGAGUGCAUCGUCCAAAUCAACGACACGCCGCUGGAGGACAAGACCUUUGCCCACUCACAGGAAGUGUUCCGCCAGGCGAUGUCCUCCUCCUCGGUGCGUCUGGAGGUCGUCCCCGUUGCCGGCAAGUUGCGCUACGAGAAGAGCCUGAUCGGUCAACUUUUCACCGGCGACGGCAAAGACUCCGUUGCGAAAGCAAAGAGUCCGUUGGUGGUCCGUGCAAAAACCGACCCCAAACCAGAGCUCAAACUGAACAGCAAUGUGGAAGUGAGGCGACCAGACACACGUGCCAGGUCCCCAGAGCCGCCCGCCGCAAACCCACCAGCCGAGGAGUUCCAGUCUGGGUACGGCUCCUCUCCCACACCUCCGGCCAGGGCAGCAAGCUCCUCCCCGACGCCAACGUCCCGCAGCCAGAGCCCCCCGCCCAGCAAGAGCCCUGAUCCUCCUGGCCUGGCUAACCUCACCAGCAAGAAGGGCGGCAAGCGGCUAAAGAUUGACCUGAAGAAAGGCGCUGAGGGUCUGGGCUUCACCGUGGUGACGCGCGACUCCUCGGUCCAUGGGCCAGGGCCAAUCCUGGUGAAGAACAUCCUGUCGCGAGGUGCGGCAGUUAAAGAUGGCCGCCUGCAGCCCGGAGACCGCAUCCUUGAGGUGAAUGGAGUAGACAUGACAGGCCACAGCCAGGAGGAACUCGUGGCCAUGCUGCGCAGCACCAGGCAGGGAGAGAAUGUGUGUGUGGUGGUGGCACGGCAGGAGGACAUCUUCCUGCCCCGAGAGCUGAAAGGUGAGGAAGCCAGCAGUGUGGUUUUGGAGGACGGCAGGGAGCAGCUGAUGUACGAGAUCCCUCUCAACGAGUCCGGCUCGGCCGGGCUGGGGGUCAGUCUGAAGGGCAACAGGUCCAGGGAGACCGGAGAGGACCUGGGGAUCUUCAUCAAGUCCAUCAUCCACGGAGGGGCCGCCUACAAGGACGGGCGUUUGAGCGUAAACGACCAGCUGAUCGCGGUGAACGGCGAGUCGCUGCUCGGACGCUCCAACCACGCUGCCAUGGAGACGCUGAGACGCUCCAUGUCAUCGGAGGGCAACGCCAGAGGCACCAUCCAGCUCGUCGUGCUCCGAUCACCCAGACAGAUGGGCAGUGCCACCUCUGCAUCAAACACAGCUCCUAAUGUCUCCGCCGCCCAUCAGUCCAACCCCCAAAAAGCCUCCAGCAAUCAGGAGCCAAGGGGCCAUGAUCCAUACCAGAGGCCUUCAGGACCCACUAGACCCCCAAACACAGAUCCCAGCGCGAACGCUGUCGGUCACAUUCCAACGACGACCAACAACUACGCACACAGCAACUUUGGAAGCGCGGCGUAUCCCACUGCGACCACCAAUGGCAGCUACAGUCACUACGGCAACGAGGACGAGGAGUCUGAGGGAGGCUUCCCCCCGCCUCCUUCGCCCGGCGCUGUGGAGGAAAUGAAUAGAGACUUGCCACUAACUCCCCCUCAGCACAGCGAGUUUCAGAUGCCGCGGCACAUAGAGGCAGCUUUCUACGGCCAGAUGGCCAACAACAAGGACAACACACCUCGCAACAGAGCGUCCAAGAGCAUGGACAUGGUGGCGGACGAGAGCAACAUGGGAUCACUGGUCGGGCAGAAGAACAAGCCCUCAGCCGGCGGAGCACUGGGCCCGACCCUGGGCCUCUGGAAGUCCAGCUCCCUGGAGAGCCUCCAGACGGCCGUGUCGGAGGCCAAGCAGAGUCACAACCAGGCCCAGGUGCCCUUCCAUCGUCCGCGGCCACACAUGGUCCGCGGCCGGGGAUGCAACCAGAGCUUCCGCACCGCCAUCGACAAGUCCUACGAUGGGCCUUCUGAAGAUGAUGACGACCUGUCAGGGCAGAGCUCCGGUCACGAAACAGCCGCCAGCGGCUCCUCUCGCCACGGCCUGGACGCGGAGGAUGGCAGCAAGAAGAAAACCAAAGGGAAGAAGAAAGAGAAGAAGAGCAAAGGGAAGAAGAAAACCGAUCACUCCCUGGAGGAUCCGGACAAGAAGCCGAAGAAGAAAGGUUUCGCCCUCUUAAGGUUUGGCAAGAAGAAAGAAGACAAGAGCAAAGAUGCAACCAAAGCAUCCAAGAGCAAACUGGAGGCCCUCAGUGAAGAGGAGCUGGGCAGGAUCCCCGACAGCAGAGAUGGCUACGACCCACGCUACACUGAUAUCCACUCCGGCCACGUCACGCCCGACCAGGCCUCCUUCCCGGACGUGGAAGACGACGAGAGUGACCCCAACUACGCCCGCAUCAACAACUUCCGCCAGCCUCCCUCGCCCCAGCCAUUCGUCAGCCGCACGCCCUCUCCCGCGGCGCCGACGCUCCAGGCCUCCUCCGAGGAGCUGGAUGGCCUCUACGCUAAGGUGAACAAGCCCAGACCCAUGGUCGCUCUGCAGAACCAGCAUCGCACGCAGGCAAACAGUGACCCGCAUUUCCAGGGUUUGCGCAGGGAGUACCAGCAGGGCCGCGCCGCUCCGGUCUACGAGGAGCUGGACGCCGCGCGACGCCGAGCCCUGGACAAUGACCCGCACAGGAUCGCACAGAGGGGAGCUGAGUCUCGACCCGCACCCCGCUACGAAGAGCUGGACCGACAGUACCCCACACACCCCAGGAGGGAUCCGUAUGAUUACCCCACCCACUCCAGACCAGUGCCAAGAGAUCCGACCGCUUACCCCAGUCACUACAACGACUUCACCGCCUCCAGCCACCCCGGACGUGUGCCACUCCCCCAGCCGGGCCCCCAGUCCAGCAAUCCACGCUACUACCCCUCGUCUCCCCAGGCAGGACCGCAUCACCGCACGGCAGUAAGGCAGGACGUCCCCCCUUCUCCCACCGCAGGUCACCGAGGGCGCCACUACUACGAAGCCGUCGGCGGCGGAGCGGCCAGCCCCGGCCGCUACACCAGCCCAGAGAGAUACCCGGUCGGAGGCGGGCGCUACGCCAGCCCCGAGCGCUACGGCUACACAGACGAAAGACAGCCAGACCCUAGACGGAAGAACCCAGUGAUAGGUGCAGUGUAAAAGGUAGCCCCCUCAUCUCACCUCCCCCAAAAAAAGGGUUCAAGAAUAUAUUGAUAGCUCAGAAUAUAUAUAUAUAUAUCCGCUGUCAACCCGGCUGCCAAUGUGGAUAAGUGUGAUUUUGCCAUAUUAAUUUAUUUAAUCAGGAACCCUGAGGGUUAAUAAGUGACCAGCUGAAAGGCUCAAACGAGACUUAUUCUCAGAACCAUCUGGUCAUAACUGUCUUCACAGGCCAGGGCAGAUUCAACAAGCAGUCAGGGCCGAGACAGUAUGUGGGUGUACAUAUAUAUACGUUUGCAAAUGUGUCCAUGAACAGAUUAUACUCACAGGAUCAUAUAUUGAUAUAUUUUUUAUUAUGUAGAAAUGAAAUUAAGUGAAGGGAUGUAAGUCAAUUACACAGAGUACAUAUACAGACUUGGUGCCAUAUGUUGUAUAGAAUUAUCGCUACUCCAGCACACUGAGCACGGAGGCGUUGCCGCCUGGCAUUUUUUUUGCACAAGCUGGCUUUUUUUUUUUUGAAAGGAAGUAAAAACGGGAUCACCUUGACCGGCCCCGACUGUGAUAACAAAAGAGACACGGGAAGUUGAGUCGACAAACAGGAAAAGGAAAUAACUCCCCUUCAAAGUGUCUCUUUGUCCUUGAUGUGUUGUCGCUUCGACUUCCUUUAUGUCCUGCUAUCACUCUGGAUCAUUGUUUUUAUUUUAUUUUUUUGCCCUUGACUAUUCGGAUGUGGACGCGGCUCAUACAUUCACCGUAUAUUUUUAACUGUAUAAAUGCAUCGCGAGUGAGUUUAUACAUGUAAUAUUUUUGUGGCGUUUCUUCUGACGGGAUGUAAACAUCUUGUUCCGCCGAGCAGACUCCAAAACGUGCGCUGUGCGACUUCUCCUACAAUGUGCAGCUAAUAGAAAGUUUAAUUAAACAUUUUAUCAUUUAACAUAUCAUUGCUUGAAGGCAGUGCAAUAAAAAUCUCAUUAAAUGUGUCAAUGGUGGUUUGAAUUAAACAUUAUAUCAAAAAAGUACAUGAUUUUUUAAUAAUUUUUUUACAUACAAUCACUUUGCAUUAAAUGUUUUUGAAAUCUUCA